AAAAUGUUCCAGUCUGGUCCUUCCAGACACUGUCAGGCUUCUGAGGGGUAACCAAAGGUUAGGGUGACAGGCACAGCUUUCUGGAGGUUUCCUCAGCAAGUUUCCUCUGCACUUGUCCACCGUUCUUGCCAUUGCCAUGGAGAUGACACCGUGUAGAGAAGCUUGUAAGAGAUCUCAGACACCAGUGAACCCACUGAAGACCAUCAUACCCAUCAAUGCCAGCAAGAACAAAGUGGUGGAUAAGCAGCUGAACCUGCUGGUCUUCUCCUGGUGGCAGAGGCAGCAAGAUCAAGUGCAGCUGUCCCCUGCAUGCUCCUGUGACCACAACCAGGAAUCACAAACAGCCGCCAAGGAGCCACAGUCAACACUGACCAACAUCCACACCAACUCCCUCAUCCCAUUCUACAGUGCGGUGAAGCCCACCUGUGGCUACCGCUUCUCGAGGGACACUGACCACAGGCGCAAGACCAUUGGUAUUCCUACCAGCAACCCAGUCAUGUGGAAAAAUAACAUUCCUACAUCUGCAUCAGCUCAGCAAAAAUCUGCCCCAAAAUAAAGACACCAAGUUGA